AUUCCUCUCUUCCCUGCUGCAGACAUCUUGACUCUGCCCUUCAGGUCCACAUAUUGAUUUUCACCACCAGUGACACGUGGCCCUGGUGACUGAGAUGGCAUCCUCUCUAAAGGUCCUCGGCCUUGUCUUGGCCAUGCUGUUUCCCCUAUGUGGGCUGCUUGUACAUGGCCAGAACCUUUCCUGGAGGGAAUUCAUGCAGCAGCACUACCUGAGCACAAGCUGGAAAUUCAGUGACUACAAAUGCAAUGAUCUCAUGAGGGAAAGAGGAGCUCCAAAAGACAGGAAUGAUCACAUCUUCAUCUAUACCUUUUGGCACAAAAUUGAGCAUAUAUGCCUUAGGAAGUGGAGAGAUCGUUACAGAAAUGUAUAUAUAUGGGCCCAGUAUCCCUUCAAAAUCCUCAGGUGCUACCAGGAGAGUGACAAAAAGAGCUACAGAGAGCAUAGGAGCUACAGCUACAUUGAAUUUCACUGUGGCACGAAUGGGUAUGUCGACAGCAUAGAGGACAUCCAAUUGUUAGACAUCAAAAAUUAG